UGGCUGUGGCCGGGGGAAGUGAAUGGUUUUACCCAGAGGGCCUUGCGCCGCCUUUCUCUACUGCCACCGGCGCUGCUUGCUGCUCCUCCUCCCCAGCCAUGGCGUUCACGUUCGCGGCCUUCUGCUAUAUGCUGGCGCUGCUACUCACCGCCGCGCUUAUCUUUUUCGCCAUCUGGCACAUUAUAGCAUUUGAUGAACUGAAGACCGAUUACAAGAAUCCUAUAGACCAGUGUAAUACCCUGAAUCCUCUUGUACUUCCAGAGUACCUCAUCCAUGCUUUCUUCUGUGUCAUGUUUCUUUGUGCAGCAGAGUGGCUUACACUGGGUCUCAAUAUGCCCCUCUUGGCAUAUCAUAUUUGGAGGUAUAUGAGUAGACCAGUGAUGAGCGGACCAGGACUCUAUGACCCCACAACCAUCAUGAAUGCAGAUAUUCUAGCAUAUUGUCAGAAAGAAGGAUGGUGCAAAUUAGCUUUUUAUCUCCUAGCAUUUUUUUACUACCUAUACGGCAUGAUCUAUGUUUUGGUGAGCUCUUAGAACAACACACAGAAGAAUUUGGUCCAGUUAAGUGCAUGCAAAAAGCCACCAAAUGAAGGGAUUCUCUCCAGCAAGGUCCUGUUUCCAAGAGUAGCCUAUGGAAUCUGAUCAGUUACUUUAAAAAAUGACUCCUUAUUUUUUAAAUGUUUCCACAUUUUUUGCUUGUGGAAAGACUGUUUUCCUAUGUUAUACUCGGAUAAAGAAUUUAAAUGGAAUUCUGUAUCAAUGAACAUAAAUGAUUACCUCUGGUGUUGACAGGUUUGAACUUGCACUCCUUAAGGAACAGCCACAGCCCUGUGACUGAUUGCAUUAAUUACUGACUGUCCUUAGUCCUUUGGAAGCUUUUGUUUAUAGGACUCAUUUUGGUUUUAUUGAAAUGCCCUCUGAUUAUAAAUUACCCGUAGAUCAUCAGGUGCUUUUGACGAAUGGAAAAUGUACAAGUGGUUGGUGGGAGACUGUGCGGUUCCUCAUCCACCAUGUAGAUGAUUUGUUUAUGGAUAACUUCACAAAAGAACAAAAGAAGAAUGGGAUUCUUUUCUCUUCCGACUUGAAUCUUAUCCCUAUAAAUUGCAUGAAUGAGAGAUUUCCCAUAUUUCCACCAGAGUAAUAAUAUACUUGCUUUAAUUCUUAAGCAUAAGUGAACAUGAUAUAAAAACAUAUACUAAUUACUUGUGAAGGAUGCAUUUAAAGCUAUUUUAAAUGUGUUUUUAUUUGUAAGACAUUACUUAUUAAGAAAUCGGUUAUUAUAAUGUUUAAAUACGGUGGCAGAAGUAUUCUUAAGAAUUUGCAAGUACCUUACUUACAGUUUCAAAACUGAAUGAGAGAACAUUGUAUAAUCAUCCUGCUGUUCCUUUAGUGCAAUAUGAUAAUAAAACUCUGAAAUU